AUGCGCGUCCUCGUCCUUGGAGCCCUCCUCCCCCUCGUCCUUGCUGCCAAGAUCACCUCCUCCUCCUCCUCCUCGUCCUCGGAAGACGAAUCACUCAUCAUGAACACAGGGACUAUUCCGUCCACCUCGGUCUCUGUGUCGAUCAUGCUCCUCCCCACGCCACUUCGGUCACGUACGCCUUCCAUGGUUCCAACGGACACAGCGGCGACAUCUAGCCAGGUAGCGAGCGGGUCGCGUGCUCUCCCCGUUUCCAUGGCUGCUGCGGGUGUCGCGGUCUGCGCCUUCCUCCUCGCUUGA